GAACACGGUUGAGCCUAGAGACACCCAACAACCUUUCUUACAUACAGGAUUUCUGAUCGAUCGAGGCGCCACCGUCAAUAGUCUGGAGUUUGGACAUGACUCGUCUGCAUCUUUAGCCGCCACACCAGGUGAUCUGUCAAUCAGGUGCCCGUGCAAACCCCACCCCUGCCUCUACGCGCUCUUGCGUUGCAACAAUUUGCUCCUUCUUCCAACCUCCCUCUUCCUUCCGAGUUGCCAGAACGUCAUAAACACAAACUUUUUGAUGGCGAUGCAAUACUUCAAUCAGAUCAAAAACCGGCGACGGUCGUCGCAUAUUGUGAACCCUCCAAAGCCGGUCUUAACUGAGGAGGACGAAGCUUUCUUACAAAAGGUCACGUCCGAUCCAGAGGACAGACCAGAUUUUACCACCCAGAAUGAGACUACGACCUUAGAAGGGCUGACAGAGAGCUCUCAGAAGCCCGUUGUCGAUGAUGGUGCCUUAGACGUUCCAUUGCCUUCCUCGCCAGUGGAGGAGUUUGGGAGGGAGCUUGGCGAGGAAGAAAGAAAGGCACGAGAGCAGCCCGAAGAUGUUAGGACCAAAUCCGAGCCGGCUAGGCCACAAGAUGCCUCGGUACCAGAAAAGAAGAUAAGAUGGAGCACGAUGUUCUGGAAGAAAUCUGCCGAUACAAAGAAGAACAAGGAGUCAGAGUCUACAGAUAAAUCCAAGGUCGAAGCAUCGGGUUCCCCCUCCACGACAACAGCUGCAACGGACAACGGAGACGAAGCGCGAAAGGAACAGGAAGAUAUGACUGAUAUACUGGAACGCUUGAAUCUAGCUGCGGAUAACAACCGGGUCUUCUCGGUCAGCGAGGAAACGCAGGAGCUACUCCGCAAGUUCAAGUUGAUCUUCAAAGAUCUGAUCAACGGCGUCCCAACAGCUUAUCAUGAUCUGGAAAUGUUGUUGACAAAUGGUAACCGGCAACUACAAGAUACGUACACGAAGCUACCCGGUUUUAUGCAAAAACUCAUUGAGAAACUUCCUGAAAAAUGGACCGAAACACUGGCUCCGGAGAUGCUCGCCGUUGCUAGCGAGCGGGCCAGCCGGAGUGGAAUUAACAUGGAGAACAUGGGCAAAGCAGCUGCGGUUGCCGAAAAGGCGGGUCUCAACGUUCCAAGUCUCAAGGAGCUUGUGUCCAAGCCCGCCGCGAUCGUUGGCAUGUUGCGGUCCAUUAUGCAAUUCCUUCGGGCUCGUUUCCCGGCCGUCCUGGGCAUGAAUGUCCUCUGGUCGCUGGCAUUAUUCAUUCUGCUUUUCGUCCUUUGGUACUGCCACAAACGUGGUCGUGAAGUCCGCCUCGAGAACGAGCGUCUGGUUACAGAGGAAGAAAUUAAGAAGUUGAACGAGGAAAACCCCGAUGGGCAGAUUCGCCCUACUGAGACGUUGACGACCACAGCACCUCAAGGUGCUUCGGCCGAGGAAGUCCGCGAGGGCGUGAAGAGAGUGGAGGAGGCCAGGGCUUCGGCACUUGACGUUGCCGCUGCCUCAGAGCCCGAGCGAGAGACUCCCAGGGAAAACGACGAAGUCCCUCGCCCAGCUGCGGUACCAACACGGUCAAAGUCGCGUCUCAAUAUAUGGACUCGAUCCAAGCCCGAACCGACUCCAAGCAAUAUUUCGCCAUAUCCCGGGACCUAGAACCGGAAAGGUAGAUCCAGCAGCUUCCUCGGGUCCGUUGUCCGCGUUGGGAGCUUUUAGAAUGGAUGGAAAAGCUUCAAGAGAAGACGGGAAAUAUACGAAGUACAUGGCUGGGCACGGUGUUGAUGACGAUUCAUGGUCCAUUAUCAUUCUGUUAUUUAAUGUCAAAGAUACUCAAAGUAAUUUCAUGUUUAUGAAGAUUGUAAUGUUGAU